AUGCCGCAACAAUUUCAGCAACACCAGCUUCCCGACGGACGCAAUCUAGAUUAUUGUGUGAGUGGUCCCGAAGAUGGAUUUCCACUAGUGUUCAUCCACGGCACGCCUGGAGCAGGUAUACCAAUUCCAAAUCUUGUCGAUGCCUGCGCAAGGAAAGGAAUCAAAGUUAUCACGUUCUCGCGAGCUGGUUACGGAGGCUCAACGAGGAAGAAAGGCCGACAAGUCGUCGAUAGUGUAGCUGAUAUCAAGUCCCUAAUUGAUCACUUGGGAGUCAAGAAGUGUCUUGUCGGUGGAUGGAGUGGAGGUGGUCCCUCCACUCUUGCUUGUGCAGCGCGAUUACAUGAAUGUCUGGCUGCUGUAUCCUUCGCUGGCGUAGCGCCUUAUAAUGUCGAAGGACUGGAUUGGCUCGCCGGACAAGGCGAGGAUAACAUCGACGAAUUCAACAAAGCACUCGAAGGUGAAACCCAACUCCGCGAAUUCUGCGACGGUCAUCGCAAGGAAUAUCUCGCCUCCGAAUUGGACGGAGUCAUGGAAGUAAUGUCCACUUUACUCCCGCCAUGCGACAAUGCCACUCUACUCCAAAACAAAGACACAAUCGGUCAGCAAAUGGUCGAUUCAUUCCAUGAAGGUCUCAGAAUCAGCUCCGACGGCUGGAUUGACGAUGACUUGGAGUUUUUCCAGCCCUGGGGAUUUGAAUUGAGUGAAGUUCGUGUGCCUUUGUUGCUGUUGCAGGGUACGGAGGAUAAAAUGGUCCCCUUUGCGCAUGGGAAAUGGCUUGCCGAACAUUUGCCGCAGGAUAAAGUCAAGGUCCAUCUUCUCGAAGGGCAUGGGCAUAUCUCGCUCUUUGAUGGGAUUGAUGGGAUCAUAGAUGAGCUUGUAGCAGCGGCGAAUCUAUAG